CCAAGAGAACAAGCAAGAGUGAUUUACUCAACUAAAGCGGUGAUGUUUCGGAGCUGAGUGAUCCCGUUGUGAACUGAAUGGCAAACCACCACGGACGUGUGACAAGAAUUUAGUUAAAAUUUGACCCUUAUCGAAUAUACCCAUGUCGCUGUUGAGCCUUUUAGACCUGGACGUUUUGAAUGAACCGACCUCUUUAUCAUUCAGGACCAUAUGCUGAGAAAACCGAGCGGAGGAAAAAGAAACGACAGUUUGGGGAUCCUGUGCGGACUGGAGGACGAAACGCUGCUAGCUCAUAGUAACUCACAGCUGUGGUGCCAGGAGGGAUAUCCACACUCAAAGUGACAUCGCUAACAAAUAGGACACAGAACAGAGGAUAAUCUGGCCGAGGAUAACCUCGUCAAUCUCCUGGCGUCGAGAAGAAGAUAAGUUAGUUGACUUGGUGCGAAGAUAACACCUGACUACGACGACGUUGGCCAGCACUGUCACCUCGAAAUAGAAAGGAAGAAAAAAAAAAAAACCCUAAAACGAAACAAGUGUCGUGCCGCCGUUCAGUGUUUUGAGGAUGAAUCACUUAUCCCUCAGCGAGCUAUGCUGCCUGUUCUGCUGUCCACCGUGCCCUAGUAAGAUCGCCUCUAAGCUGGCCUUCCUGCCCCCAGAGCCCACCUACAGCCUCAUGUGUGAUGAGAGCGGCAGCCGCUGGACGCUGCACCUCUCCGAGCGGGCCGACUGGCAGUACUCGGCCCGGGAGAAGGACGCCAUCGAGUGUUUCAUGACACGCACCUCAAGAGGGAACCGCAUUGCCUGCAUGUUUGUCCGCUGCUCACCCAGCGCCCGUUACACGCUAUUAUUCUCCCACGGAAAUGCAGUGGACUUGGGCCAGAUGAGCAGCUUCUACAUUGGCCUGGGCUCACGGAUCAACUGCAACGUCUUCUCAUACGACUACUCAGGUUACGGCGCCAGUUCUGGGAAACCCUCAGAGAAGAACCUGUAUGCUGACGUAGACGCCGCCUGGCAGGCACUCCGGUCAAGAUAUGGCAUCCGGCCAGAGAGCGUGAUUGUGUACGGCCAGAGCAUUGGCACCGUGCCCUCUGUGGACCUGGCAUCUCGCUAUGAGAGUGCUGCAGUCAUCCUCCACUCCCCACUGACCUCUGGCAUGAGAGUGGCCUUCCCUGACACCAAGAAGACCUACUGCUUUGACGCCUUCCCAAACAUCGACAAGAUUUCUAAGGUAACGUCGCCGGUUUUGGUGAUCCAUGGUACGGAGGACGAGGUCAUCGACUUCUCCCAUGGCCUGGCGUUGUAUGAACGUUGUCAGCGCCCGGUGGAGCCGCUCUGGGUGGAGGGGGCCGGACACAACGACGUGGAGCUCUACGGACAGUACUUGGAGAGACUCAAACAGUUUGUUGCACACGAGCUAGUCAACUUGUAAAGGAGCUGGAGUUAAGGGUGGAGAGGGAAGAAGAGAAGAAAGCAGUAUUUACCAGGAAAGGUUGGAGGUUGGAUGAUGGGGUACAAUUUGUUUUUUUUCCUUUUUUGUGAAGUAAUGCAGGUAGAAAGUGGUUUUUGUCUGUGUAGUACUGACUCUAUGGUGGCUGACUUCUCUCAUCAUCGAGCACCUCUCCCCCUUGGAGCUCCAGUUCUCCCGGGCCCGGGUCCCAGGCCCUGUCAGCACCGUCCACGCCACAUGCUGCAGCUGUGAACUUACAACUACUCAUCGUUUCUUUUAUUUUCCUUUUAGAUUUCCUUUUUAUCAUGUUGAAAAUUGCACAUCGUGAAAGUGUGUGAAUGAAAGAGGAAGUAGACGUGCACAGACAACAUACCAUGUGUAUAUGCAAAAAUAUGUGCGAGUUUGUGAGUGUGUGAGUGUGUGUGUGUCACAUUUUUGCUGCCUUUUGAGAAGGACACGGUCCACAGUUCUUAAUGAGACCUCUGGUCAACUCCUGAGGCUCGAGCCACGAGCUGGACUGGACCGGACCAGAACUGGACCUGACUCUCACUAAUCCAACUGAACUCCAUCUGACUAUGCGGUCGGGUUUGGUCCUACACACUGCAGUCACCAUGAUUUUUUUUUUUUUUCUUUUGGAUUAAUGUUUAUUAUAUUUUUUUAUAUUAUACAUGAUAUUUGCACGUAUCAGCUGUCACUGAAGAACAGUACAAGACAAACUGACAUAUUACCUAGCUGUGCCAGUGUUGCCAAAUGUUUAGUAUAAUAUAUUGCAGAGACUCAGAUACACAAAGAAGUGUAUGCUGUACAAAUAACAUCUAGAAACAUCUGGAAAGCUCUGUUAGCUGUAUUCAGUCUCUACUUCUUUGUUUAGUCUUAUAAUGGUACACUUUUGAGGUUACAAUCUACUACGAGAACAUGAUGCCAGAUGGCGCUCAGUCAGCAGCUCACGUAGCCAAUUAAACGGCUGAGGCUGGAUAUCAUUGACCAAUAAAGUCUGGGUUAUUUCCCCACGUUGUCUUUUUAAAAACAAAUGUUUCCACAGUUCCUACAUCUGAGUAUUAAAGUAUUGUUGCUGUGAGAUCAGUAUCACUGCGUUCUAGUUGAUUAACUCUGUUUUCAGAAAAAUGAAAUACUGGACCAUUUUGUGGACAACAUAUCCGACCCCUCUGUGGAAAUAAGUAUUCGCCUUGAUAUAGUAACUCUGAAGAAGCCCAGUGUCUCCGUUUUUUUCCUGUCUUUGGGACUGAUGAUAUCAAAUUAAAUAAUGUAUGAAUUUACUAUUACAGAUCUCACUUAUGUACCAGAAUCAGAUCUUUCUAGAUGUGUCUUUUUAUAUGAUAAAGAUUUAACUACUGUGACAGCAGCUAACAGCCUGUGCUCUGAUCAAGACUCAUACCACUAAUGCCAAUCAGGACUGAGCGGUAAACGUUACUAACACAGCUGGUGUUGAUUCAUUUUCAGUCCAAAAAAAAAAAAGAGUGUUGUAUUAUAAGUUAUUGAGAAGCUUUUACUUCAGUACAAUUGAGCUGAAAAUGAAUGGACUCCAACCUUGGUUACUCACACACAAUGUGGGUUUUGUCAGUGUAAGUGGCUCAGCAUUAAAGGCCUCCAUCAUGGACAGAAUGUUUUGCUUUUGUUUCUGUCUUAACUUUUAUCUUUCUGUCUGCAUGGUAUUUCUGGAGCCAUUGUUGUCUGUUGAUUUGCCCUUUAAUGCUGAGUGAGGCCAAGCAAAGCAUUAGCCAGCUGAUGACUCCAUUAAGGCACUGUCAGUGCCCUGAAAAGCAAAUGUGCUACUGCAUGCCACAGAAGGCUUGUUUCUCUUACGUAUUUGGCCUGUAUAACAAACACAGAACUAUUUAGGAAAUCUCAACGGAUUGCUUUCUUAUGGGUAUUUUUUAAUACCUGUAUUACACUUGAGUCUGUGUUUUUAAAAAAAAAAGGGUUCAAAUACUUACAUACUGUUAUAUGACAAUUAACCAAUAAGCCAAUGGGUGCUACUGUAAACCUUCAGGUCUGAUUACUUACAGGUUGAGAGGAAGCAAAGACAGCUUGACGUUUGUCAGACUGACCAAGAUCCAGAUCAGGAUUGGUAACUGUUGUUGGUCAGGCGAUGGUUUGUUAUGAAAACUACUUUUUUUUCACAGCUCAUUUGUCUUAUAAACAAGGUUAUGCUUUUGUUUUCACUCUGUAAAUAGUAUUUGUACUGGACAUGUUGUCAUUUUUACUUUUGCUUUCACAAAUUCUCAAUGUCAUCAUCUCUCAACUGUCGUUCUUCUCUAACUCUUCAUAUGACAACUAUUGUAGACCAAGGUAGGCCAUCAUUUUGGCUUUUCGGAUGACCUUUGUACUGGUCACCUUGAUUAAUGCCAUCUCUGAUUUGAUUAGAUUAAUUUUGUAUAGCAUAUUUCAAUACAGAAGGAACUUAUAUGUAAUAACAAUAUUGAUAUAGUAAUUCUAACAUGGAUAGAGAAAAUAAAAUGGUAUUUGAGAAACAA